CUGCUUCCUCACCCCAGGGUCGUGCCAGGACCGUGGUUGCAUUGGCAUCAGAACGUGGUUAAAUCUAGGUUAGGUUUUGCUGAUCUCUAAAUCCCAGGUUUUGUGGAUCUGGCCUCAUUCAGUCCCCAGGUUAACCAAGAUUGGACCCAGAGGGAAGAAAUGGACAUUGAAUCUAUAACAGGUGUCGGGAAAUCAUGCCUCUUGCUACAGUUCACAGAUAAACGGUUUAUGGCUGUUCAUGAUUUGACAAUUGGGGUAGAGUUCGGGGCACGGAUGAUUACCAUUGAAAACAAAAAGAUCAAACUGCAGAUUUGGGAUACGGCUGGCCAGGAAUCCUUCCGUUCGAUCACCCGCUCGUAUUACCGAGGAACAGCCGGGGCGCUCUUGGUCUAUGACAUCACCAGGCGGGAAACUUUCAACCAUUUGUAUGCCUGGCUAGAAGAUGCACGGCAGCAUUCUAGUCCCCACAUGGUGAUUAUGCUGAUUGGCAAUAAAAGUGACAUGGAGCAUCGGCGGGUUGUACAGAAAGAAGAAGGGGAGGCUUUCGCCCGGGAACAUGGCAUGGUUUUCAUGGAGACAUCGGCAAAGACAGCAGCCAACGUGGAAGAGGCCUUUCUCAACACAGCCAAAGCCAUCUACAGAAAGAUCCAGCAGGGUGAACUUGACAUUUCCAAUGAGGGAAACGGGAUCAGGAUCGGCUCUAAACAGCCAGCGGUUCUUUCGGCUGGGACAUCCGUCCGCCCGGGACCACAAGGCUCUGGGGACCGAUCGGGCUGUUGCUAAGUUUGCUUGAAAUCCUGACCAGCGCACUGAGGCUGGGAACAAAUAGAGGAUGGUGCCUUGUAUUUCUUAUUCAAAUGGCAUUGGGGGGGAGGCAAGGAUUUUCCAGUCUGGUUUUCCUUUCUCCUUUUGAUAUGAAUUUGGGGUUCCCCUGAAUCUAAUCUUUGGUCUCCCCAUCAAGGGCUGUCUGGCUUUUUCUUCUAGAAGGAAAAGUAUUUAUUUCCCUUCUCCAGUCUGGAUUUAUGUCAACAGUGACUUUUCUCCCCACUGUUGAAAACUUCCUUCCCUUGGACUCCAUUAAAUUUUGGGGGGAUCUUCCAGGUUGCCAUACCUGAUUAAUAUUAAUAUUAAGCUGUGAUGUACGCUUUCUCCGCUUCCUAUUAAAAAGUUUUCAC